UCUUCAUCGCUAGCACUGCGAGGCAACCAUGGUUUAGUGGCUUUGGCGCCAUUAGAAGUGGCAAUUUGAUGUGUUAUUGACAAAUAUAAUUUUUAUAUGCAUAUUUGUGCUUCCCCACUGACCUUCUCGACGAACAGCGAACUUUGAGAGGACAUUCGAGAGCCUUCAAACAACCAGACGUACGUAGGCUGACCGGCUGAGAGCGCGUCAACAGCGGCCAUUGGCCUACUUGCGUGUGGCCCUGUUUGCAGUUGGUCUGCCCGUUCGGGAUGCACCUGUAGUUGCACAGGGUAUGGACAAGCAACCGUGACAAAAUGGCGGCCAACCCUCCCAAAGUCACCUACCCGCCAGGUAUCAAAGCCAUCUCUGAUGACUUGAGCACAGAUGACCUCGUGCGGCGGCUAAAGGAGUGCGCCCAGACAUUCCAGAACCUGAGCCAGGAUGAGGACAACAAUGCUUACGUGCAGUUGGCCUUGCACCUGGCGGGUGAAGGCUUCUUGAACCACAACUCCAAGGAUGUGCGCCUGCUGGUUGCUUGCUGUAUUGCGGAUGUGUUUCGUGUAUUUGCUCCCGAGGCCCCCUAUAAGGACCCUGAGCAACUCAAGACCAUCUUUUUAUUCUUUAUAGAACAGCUGAGGGGCUUAGAAGACCCCAAGGACCCAACUUUUAAACGCUAUUUUUACCUGCUGGAGAACUUGGCAUGGGUCAAGUCAUUCAACAUAUGCAUCGAGCUCGAGGAUAACCAAACCAUCUUCUGUCAGCUCUUCUCACUCAUCUUCACCAUUGUUAAUGACAACCACUCAAACAAGGUGAAGAACUUCAUGCUGGACAUGAUGUGUCCUCUGAUCACUGAGGCUGACACGGUUUCCCAAUGCCUACUCGACAUUGUGCUCAAGCAGAUCAUCGAGCCCUGCAAGACACAAAACAAGAAUGCCUAUAACCUGGCCAAGGACGUGCUCAAGCGGACGCUCAACACCAUCGAGCCGUACAUCCAAUCGUUCUUCAACAACGCAUUGGUGCUGGGCCGGACGUCCAACAGCUCUGUGGCUCCUCAGCUGUACGAGCUCAUCUAUGAGCUCAACAUUCUCUGCCCCAGUAUGCUCAUUGCUGUCUUACCGCAGCUGGAGUUCAAGCUCAAGUGCAACGAUGAGAAGGAGCGACUGAGCGUGACAAAGCUCCUCGCACGCAUGUUCUCAGACAAAAACUCGGACCUGGCUUCGCACAACCCACCCCUCUGGAACUGCUUCCUUGGCAGGUUCAAUGACAUUAGUGAGCAUGUGCGAAUGCGAUGUGUACAGUAUUCCAUGCACUUCCUGCUGAACCAUCCCAAGCUGCGGAACGACAUCACAGAGUCACUGCGACAGCGGCAGCAUGACCCUGCGGAGUCCGUGCGGUAUGAGGUGGUGAUGGCCAUCAUCAGUGCAGCCAAGAAAGACUUCGGCUCGGUCACCGAGGAGCUACUCAACUUUGUCAAGGAGCGCACACUGGACAAGAAGUUCAAGAUCCGUAAGGAGGCCUUAAUGGGGCUGGCCCACCUCUACAAGCAACACAUGAGCAGCCCCGACCUUCCAGCUUCCACGUUGGAGUGCAUCUCCUGGAUCAAGAACAAGGUGCUGCACGUGUACUACCAGACGGCCCUGGAAGAUCGGCUCCUGGUCGAGCGCAUCCUCCACACGUGCCUGGUGCCCUACCAGCUGCCCGUGGAGGAGCGCAUGCACAAGCUGUACCAGCUGUUUGCCACAGUGGAUGACCACGCCGUAAAGGCGUUCAACGAACUGCUCAAGUGCCAGUGCGCAGUGCGGCAACAGAUGCGAGCCGUCCUUGAGGCGCUCCUGCUUCCCGCUGGCGAGGAGCGCGAGCGGCAGCUGUUGGCACGUGUAGCCCUGCUCUCGCGUAACCUGCCCGACUCGGUCAAGGCCCAGGAAUACCUAAUGAAGUUCUGUACCCUGCUAGAGGGAAACCAGCGCUUGCGCAUCCACAUGAACAAUGUGCUUCAUGGUGGCGCCUCCUGUGUCGAAGCUGAGCGCAGUGUGGUGCGUUUGAUUUCCUCACUUCUGGAUAAAGAAGUCCUGAAGAGUCUGGGCUACCCAGUGCAGACCAACAGUUUCUAUGUGAUCAUCAAGCAGUUGCUGGAGCGGGUGGCACCAGUAAUGGUGGACAGCGCUGGCGUAAAGCAGAUCCUGGCAUACGUGCGUGACUCGCUCCUCGGUCAAGGCGACAUCGACAUCCAUAUGGGCGUCACCAACUCGGCACUGCGCGGGCUGCAGCUGCUUCAUGUACUGGCGUCUGCAUUCCCUGCGGCCUUCGUUGGUGAAGAAGUGUACAGCCAGCUACUGUCCUUCCUAAGUGCAGACGACAGCGCCGCAUCUGAGAUGACGCUACAGAUCUUCACCUUUGUGGGCGCCGACAUUGACCAGCGCUUCCCAAAUGUUGCUCAGCGGCUGCUGCCCGUGGUGCAGAACUUUGUUGAAAACGGCACAGUGAAGCAAGCAAAGUAUGCCGUGGCUUGCCUCAACGUCAUUGUUGGAAACAAGGAGCGCGUCUUUGGACAGGUCAUUGAUCACCUGAAGCAACACUUCACGCUGGAGUCGGCGUACUUCCGCACAGCACUGGUGUCCAUCGGGCACAUAGCAUUGCUGUGCCCAGACAUGUUUGGCAGCCAGGUGAAGAGCAUCGUCUCCAAGGUGGUUGUCAAGGACCUGCUUAUGGCUGACCGGGAGGAGCCACGGAUCUCAGAAACAUCGUGGUGUGAAUUUGAAGCUCUUCCCGAGGAGACCAAGGUCAAGGUUGAAGGCAUGAAGAUGAUGGUACGCUGGCUGGUGGGUCUACGAACGGCUUCGGCUUCAGCCAGCUCCACACUUCGCCUCCUGGUCACAGUCAUCAGCCACGGGGGAGACCUGAUGGAGAAGGAGCAUGUUUCGGCAAUGGAACGUUCCUGGCUGCGGUACAUGGCAGCUGCGUGCAUGCUCAAGAUAUGCUGCUGCCCAGCCUAUGCAGACGUGCUCAGCCACGAGCAGUUCCAAAAGCUUGCCCUUGUGCUUCAGGACGAGUGUCCGGAGGUGCGCGAGCAGUUUGGCCUGAAGUUGCACAAGCACCUGCUGGCCAUGCGGCUGCCCCUUCAGUUCCUGGCCAUCUUUGCGCUUGGCGGUGUCGAGAAGCGGCGGCCCCUGCGGAACCAGCUGCGCCAGUGGCUCCUAUCUUGCAUCAACAAGCGGCGCGAUUUCCUCAAGCAGCACACCAUCAAUUCCAUGAAGCUGAUCACCAUCCUGCCCGACUAUGUGAUCCCCUAUGCCAUCCACCUGCUUGCCCACGACCCUUGCCUGCCAAAGUAUGAUGACGUGCCAGGACUGGUGCAGAUCAAGGAGUGUCUCUGGUUUUUAAUGGAGCCACUAAUUACCAAGAAUGAAGGCUACAGCUUCAGUUUCUUCAAGAGGCUCAUCGAGAACAUCAAGCAGACCCGCGACAACCAGUGCCCCGACGACAAGCAGGCACAGCUGAAACUGUAUGCAGUGUGCGACCUGGCCCUCGGGCUGGUAAUGACCAAGACCACCAGCUUCGUGCUCAAAGACUUUCCGCAAGAGCCAGUGUUGCCAUCCAAGUGGUACACUCUGCCAGACAAGGUGCAAGUGCCGAAUGUGAAAAGUUACUUGCCCCCAGAGCUGGCUUUUUCAGCUCCAAAGAACACAGGCGUGGACCUGGCAGCAUUUGGACGGACACGUCCACGAGGAGCUCUGCGGCGAGUAUCGCGGAGGCCUCGGCCUGUGGCCAGCGGAAACGUACAGCUGGUGCAGGCAGCUGAGAUAGUACAGGCUGAAGAGGAAGAAGUAGUCGACGAGGUCGUGGCUGUUGAAGAGGAGGCUCCCCUGGGGAUGGAGGUCAGCAGUGCGGAGGAGGGCAGCAACAGCCCCUCAUCAGCAGCAGUCAUCAACCUCCGCGCCUUGCGGCCCACCCGCCGGGACCGUGCGGCCUUAUCCGAGCAGCAGCAGUCAGAUCCCAACCAGUCGAAACGGUCACGCUUGGAGCCUGGACCAGACGACGAGGCUGAGAACUCAUCUGACCAGCUCAGUGCGCAGGCGGGGAAUGCGACAGAAGAAGAGGCGCAGAGAUCUGAGCCGCGGGGAACCACCGGACCAGUGGCCAACGGCAACGAGAACACCAGUCCCAACAACGGCCAGCAGCCCCCAGAGAGUAACAAUAUGGGAACAAGGAGUACGCGUCUCAAGCAAUGAGCAGCUGAGGGACACAGAAUGAAGUGGGGAUGGAAUGACUUUCUUGACUGGUGCUUGGUUUUGGGUGCUGUCUGGCAUGCACCUCUACUGUAAUGGUACUGAAAGCAAGGCCUAGCUUUCUUUGUUUCCCUUCGUAUACAGAAACUGGGGAUAGCUUUAAAACCGUGUUCUAAAUAUCUCCAAUAAAUGGUUGAAUUUCGCUAUACCA